UUUGCACCAUGUGGACAAAAAAUUGAAAAAUGAUAGAUUUGAGAAAAUCUUAAUUUUGACUAUCAGUAUUUUUUUGCAGUUUACGAGACAUUUGUUCUAUACUAUGGGUAGAAGACGACCAAGGCCGAAUAAAAACAAACGCAUUAGAGAUGAGAAAGGUUAUCAAACAUCAGUGAGGGAAAACAAGUUGUUUGAAAAGUACUACAAAGAACUUGGAAUUGUACCAGAAGAGGAAUGGGAUGCCUUUAUGAAUGCUCUGAAGGACCCCCUUCCCAUCACAUUCAGAAUCACAAGCUGUGGGGGAGAAACAGAGGAAUUGAAGAAAUUGGUUAAGACAGAAUAUAUUGGCAAACUUUUGGAGGAGAAGUCACAGAGCGAGAAGCCCAAAGUUGUGUGUCUGCCAUGGUAUCCAGAUGAACUUGCAUGGCAAUUAAAUUCUUCCAGACAGGAAGUUCGGAAAGAUGCAAGGUUUGAAAAAUUGAAAACAUUUCUUCUUCAGGAAACUGAGAGUGGCAGCAUCAGCAGACAGGAAGCGGUGUCCAUGAUUCCGCCGAUGCUGAUGGAUGUAAAGCCACAUCACAAGGUGUUGGACAUGUGUGCGGCUCCAGGUUCUAAAACAGCUCAGCUGAUUGAAUACCUACACAACACACCAGAUAACAAAGUUCCAGAGGGCUAUGUGAUUGCAAACGAUGUGGACAAUAAGCGAUGUUAUCUGAUGACCCAUCAAGUCAAACGAUUAAACAGUCCAUGCUGUGCCAUCAUUAACCAUGAUGCAUCUUACCUUCCCAAUCUCAGAUAUGGGGAUGGCCCCCGGGAGUUCGUGAAGUAUGACCGUAUUCUGUGUGAUGUACCAUGUAGUGGGGAUGGGACACUGCGGAAAAAUCAGGACAUUUGGUCAAAAUGGACUCCAAACCAAGCCAUUAACCUACAUGGAGUUCAAGCAAAGAUCUUGAAGCGAGGAUUAGACCUGCUAGAGGUUGGAGGUCGUCUGGUGUACUCGACAUGCUCACUCAACCCAGUAGAGGAUGAGGCAGUAAUAGCUAGCAUGCUACAGAAGUGUGAAGGCACAGUGGAGCUGGUUGAUGUUUGCAAGGAAACAAAGAAUCUCAAGUACACUUCAGGAAUUUCUCAUUGGAAGAUGAUGACGAAGGAUGGUAGUCAGUUCUUUGACAGCUUUGAGUCUGUAUCAAACUACACUCAUUUCCAGCCCUCCAUGUUCCCCCCUGCAAAAGAGGAGAAUGAGAAGUUAAACCUGCAUCGAUGUAUGAGGGUGUUACCCCAUCAGCAGGAUACAGGGGGAUUCUUUAUUGCUGUCCUACAGAAAAAGUCCACACUGCCAUGGCAACAGAAAAAAACACCAGUAAACACAGACCAGAAAGAACAAAAUCAAGUCACUGGGGAUCAUUCUGUCAGUGGAGGGGAGACGAAGGACAACAAACCAGAGGACACCAGUCACAGCACAGAAGACGGAGGGACGAAGAAACGACCAGCAGAGGAGGAAGAAGACUUGAACCCAAAGCCAUCUAAACAGGUAUCCAGGCGAUUGCAUGGUUAUAAAGAAGACCCCUACAUUUUUAUUGAAGAUAGUGAUCCCAUGUGGGACCCCAUCAAGAAUUUUUAUGGAAUUCCUGAUGAUUUUCCAAGGAAUCAGGUCAUGUACAGGGCAGAGAAUAGUCAAAGAAGAACGCUGUACUAUGUGUCGUCUGCCAUCAGAGACCUGGUCCGCAGAAACUACGACAGAAUUAAAUUCAUUAACCUUGGCGUGAAGAUCUUUGGUAGGAGUAAGUCCCCCCUGGUGCCAGACUGUGAUUACAGAAUUGCUCAGGAGGGACUUGUAACAAUGAAAAGCCUGCUUCAGAAGAGGUCUGUGAUUCUUUCUAGAGACGACUUUAUUCUGGCUAUGACAAAGGAGAACCCCCUAUUUAAAGACUUUUCAUCUGAUGGCAACCUGAAAUUCCACAAUAUGGAUACUGGAAGUAUAUCACUUCUGUACAAGGGAUCAGACAGCCCUGCACAGCUGGAAGAAAUAUGCAUGGUCAUGAUGGGCAUGGAUCAAUCCACUAAAAUUGUGAAAGUCAUGACCCUUGAUCUGGGGGUCAGGAUUUAGGGUUGACCCUAAUAGAUAUGUGGUGGAAGUGAAUAUUUUAAUAUUUAGAUAUCUUCAUCACUUCUGUGUAUUGUGAAAAAAUGCUGUAUACAUGGUUAUUAAAAAGCAUGUAGCUAUCUACCAAAAUUGUGAUAUUUCCUACCUCUGGGUUCAGGCUUUAGGGCAGGGCCCAAGCGGUGAUAUAGUAAAAAUGCACCUAAUCUUUAGAAAUUUUCUGUUUUACUUCUGUGCAUAGUGAAGAAACAUUGUGUGCGUGAUUAUGAAGAACAUGUAGCCCUCUACCAAGUUGAAAUUCAGGGGUUCAGGCUUUAGGGCAGAGUUAAAUAGGUAAAGGAGUGAUGACACAUGUAUUGAUGUAUUGUUGUAAAAUCAUCUGCUCAACUUCAGUGCAUUGUGACAAAAUGCUUCAUGUGUGUUUGUAAAGAGCAUGAAGACCAUGCACUUUCUACCAAAGUUGUGGAAUUCAUGACCUCUUGACUAAGUACUGAUUCCUUCAAUUAUAUAGCGAAAAUAGAAGUAUAUGAGUUUUAAAUGCUCUUUUAUUUUUGGACUUUAAACUUUAUCUGGAUUCCCAUGGGCAUCCGGGUUAGAAUAGGUCCUCAGUACCCCUUGCUUGUCAUAAGAGGCGACUAAAUGGGGCGGUCCUUUGGAUGAGACCGCAAAAACCGAGGUCCCGUGUCACAGCAGGUGUGGCACGAUAAAGAUCCCUCCCUGCUCAAAGGCCGUAAGCGCUGAGCAUAGACAUAGAUUUUGCAGCCCUUCACCGGCAAUGGUGACGUCUCUAUAUGAGUGAAAUAUUCUCGAGAGGGAUAUUAAACAAUAUACAAUCAAUCUGUAUCUGGAAUGCAAAGGACAACUUAUUUUCAUAUUUUAAGAAUGAUCAAUAGGUUGUUUGAUUCAGCUAUCCAUUGAGGAGUUUUGCUUAUUACUCAUGUUACUGUUACGGUCCAUGGGUCUCUUGUUUUUGUGUGGGAUUUUUAUAAGUAUUUAGUGAGAAUAUAUUAAGUUGGUGAUGUGAUUGCAGUGAGGAGCGGCCCGGCUGUGACCUGGUGAUAUGUGGAUGGAGAGGGAA